AUGUCUGCUGCAGCAGUUUCGACUACGAUUAUUGAGUCGCGUACUUCAACCGCUUCCGUCGUGGGAGCCAGUGACUAUCACAAUACCCAGAGCCUGUCCAACGGAGGCUGCCCAAGAUGUGGGUUCGAAGGCGCGUAUCAAGAGCAACAACAGAAGGUGAUAGCUCAGCAGAGACGGAUAGAAGAGUUGGAGGCGCAGACUAGGCUUUUGACCGAAAAGGCUGCUCUAUCUGCUGAGAAACUAGCCGACUACGAAGAUGGGCUACAGUCCGGACGCACCAAAUCGCAAGGAACCAUCUCUACCUCGCCGUCAAAGCCGGUGGCCGUUCCAGCGUCGCAUUCAUCUUCAGACCAGCAGGCGCAGUCUCGGCCGCCCUCUUCCCCUCCACAGCAACAGACUAGACUGGCAACCCUCGCCUCUUAUCUCCCCUACGGCCGACGAACCAGCAGCAAUGCCGGCGCUUCUCAGUCUCGUCAAUCCGUAUCCUCAAACUCACUCCCACAGUCAUCAUCAUCAUCCUCUUCUCCUCCACCACCGAACAAAAAGGCCAUAUAUUCCACCAUAAACCCGUUCUCUGACUCCGCGCAGCACCCGUCAAGUUUCCUCCAAGGCGCGCUGGAUCGCGAGCAGGCCCUUCGGAAAGAGGCAGAAUCACGACUCACCCAAGCAAACUCCGAACUUGAAGAGUUGAGUGCUGAGCUAUUCAUGCGGGCGAACGAGAUGGUGGCAACCGAACGAAGGGAGAGAGCGAAACUCGAGGAGCGUGUUCAGGUGCUGGAGCGACGCGACAAGGAGAAGCGAAAGAGGCUGGAACGGUUGGAGAAGGCGGUCGAGCGAGUUGAGCGGGUGAAGGGUCUCAUUGGCAGCCCGUAA